AUGCAAGUAAUAUCCAAACAAGAUGAUGAACUUCACGAUCUUAACACACUGAGGAAGAAAGUGGAGAAACAGGAUUCAGUUAUCAGAUCAAAUAAGAAUGAAAUGGAAGAGCUACAACAAAGAAUAAAAAAUAAAAACCAGUAUUUAGAAGAUAAGGAAGAGGAAAUUUUUGAACUCAAACUCCAGUGCAAAAAAUUAGCACACGAGAAGAAAGACGACACGCCUUACACAGUGGUAACCAGGAAAUCUGACAAUCUAAUAGAAAUAACAAACGAUGAGAAUAGCGAGAAGGAACCAACUGUUAAGCUAAUCGGAUCAAGCAUUUUGUCCCAUGUGGAUGGCAAGAGGAUGAGCGGACUUAACGUGUCAGUUGAACAGGCCUAUACAAUUCAACAGGCUAAAGAUUACGUAAAUGGUUCAACUUCAAAACCAGACAUAACAGUGUUCCAGGUGUUAAGUAAUGAUGUCAAAUCAGUACAAUCAGAUGAAAGGAUCAUCAAAUCGAUGGAAGAACUGGUCAAACUCAACGAAACAAAGGCUCCGAACUCGAAGAUUAUAGUGUCCUUACCACCACCGAGAAAAGACAACCCAAAAUGGAACCUCCGUCAGAAAUCUAUAGCUAGCCAAUUGGAAGUUCUAUUCCACGAUAACGACAAUGUCACAUGCUGCCCCAAUGACAAUCUAGGACUGAAUGGCCAACCGAAACCCCAUCUCUACAGAGAUAACGUACAUAUUAACGAACAAGGAACUAGAAUGCUCUGCGGGAAUAUACUUCGCACGAUUAGAAAGUUUUGUAAUCUCUCCCAACCAGCACAUCGCAACAACAAUAACAUGACCAGCAACAAUAACUUUUAUGGAUCUCGACCAAGAUAUAGGCAACAGUAUCAAAUAUACUAGAUUAGGGGCCUGGUGGUAAUCUAAACUGAUCAUCAGUGACUACACUAGACGAAUUAAACGUUAUUUAGUUAAGAUGUUUCAUUAUUUUGUAAAACUAUGGUAAUUAAGAAUGUAAUCACGAAUUUUACUCAUUCAUUCCGUUUACGGU